UUAAAAAUCCUAAAAGUCACUGAAGAUUUUUCCAUUAAGUUAUGCUUAUCCUACACAAAUGGCUCUUUGCUGAUAGGGAAGGUGGUAGUAAAGCCUUUACCACUCUUUUCCUCCCACAGUUAUCUGCUGUAGUAGGGUGUGGGGGUGGCAGGAGAGAAGUCUUUUCUGGUUUUAUUUCUGAAGACAGCUUCUUAAUCCAGUGUGUGUUAGUGGUCUCCAGCGCUGAAAAUGAAGAGUUGGAUCCUUUCUUUGGACUUCAUGUCCCUCUGCCCAGUAAACAAUGAGUUAAUUGGUAGCAUCCUGUGGUUGACAGGAGUGAUUUAAUCUUAUUUCUGUGCUUGUGAAUUAAGGUUUAGCCUUCUGGCUAGGUUCUGGGUUUCAUUUUUCUGGAAGAGAGCUGAAUAUUAUGCACUGAGAGUUAGUAGUUGCAAAAUGUGAAAUACAAUCUUCCCUUGGAUUCUCUGCUUUCAUUUUAUUUUUUCCUCUGUUUAGAAUCCCAGUCAGACAGGAAAACAUAGCUUUUAAAGCUGAUGGUUUGUGCUCUUAGCUAGGAGCACAAGGAGAUUCAUGAUUUUUGUAACUAGCUCAUUCCAUUUUUAUUAAAUUAGGGUGAAGGAGUAGGUGAGACUUUUUAACCAUUUAAAUAUAGAUUACUGUAGCACAGUGGACUGAACUUGCAUUUGAGGAAACAUUAAUAAGCCAGCCAGCCAGCCAUUGUCCCUAAUCAGAGACUGUAUUUGUAAGUAGAACAUGUUGACUCUGUAAUGGUUGAUGACGUUGUCUUUGUUAAAAGGGAUGCUGCAUCUUUAACAAGACCAGACAGAAACAUUGCAGAAUCUACAGUAAAUCUCAGAACAGAAAAAGACUCCUUUAUUUCCCAUAUGUAAAAUGUAUUCCAUUGGUAAAAUAUUUAAAAGAAAAAAAUCAAAGCUAUACGGAAAUAUUACUAACUAGUUAAAUUUUAAUUCCUUACCUUUUCCCUCUGGGUGAGUCUUUGCCCCCUCCCCUUUCAUAUUCUCCCCGAAUUUAAAAUGCUGGGAGGAAAAGCAACUGAGGUCUUAAGUUUCAGAUGCAGAAUUGUCUGCUAAUUGAAAUUACUGGGCAUAAUGCUAUCUAUAGCCAAUGAAGAGAUAUAUAGCUUUCACUCAGUGCCUUCAAGACAUGUCUUUUUGUAGUCAGAAAAACAGAGAUCAAUGCAUUUUGAAACUGGCAGAGAGAACGGAUGCUUCUUAGUAGCACAUGCUCAGGAUCGUGUGUGUACUGUUUGUGCAGAGCAGAGAAGCUGAAUACUGGUCCAUAUGCUCCUUGUUUACUGCAAUGUUUUUUGCAUGUUACUGUGCACUCCGGACUAACGUGAAGAAGUAUCGCUAUCAAGAUGAGGAUGCACUGCAUGAUCAUACCUUACCUCGUUUAACCCAUGAAGUGAGAGGACCAGAACUUGUUCAUGUGUCCGAAAAGAACUUAUCUCAGAUAGAAAAUGUCCAUGGAUACGUCCUACAAUCUCACAUUUCUCCUUUGAAGAAGUAUCGCUAUCAAGAUGAGGAUGCACUGCAUGAUCAUACCUUACCUCGUUUAACCCAUGAAGUGAGAGGACCAGAACUUGUUCAUGUGUCCGAAAAGAACUUAUCUCAGAUAGAAAAUGUCCAUGGAUACGUCCUACAAUCUCACAUUUCUCCUUUGAAGGCUAGUCCUGCCCCUAUAAUCGUCAACACAGACACCUUGGACACGAUUCCUUAUGUCAAUGGAACAGAAAUCGAAUAUGAAUUUGAAGAAAUUACACUGGAGAGGGGUAAUUCUGGCCUGGGGUUCAGUAUUGCUGGAGGAACAGACAACCCUCAUAUUGGGGACGAUCCUGGGAUAUUUAUUACUAAGAUUAUACCAGGAGGAGCUGCAGCAGAGGAUGGAAGACUCAGGGUCAACGAUUGUAUCUUGCGGGUGAAUGAGGUUGAUGUGUCAGAGGUCUCGCAUAGCAAAGCAGUGGAGGCACUAAAAGAGGCUGGUUCUAUUGUGCGACUGUAUGUUCGUCGAAGGAGACCUAUUCUGGAGACAGUUGUAGAAAUCAAAUUGUUCAAAGGCCCUAAAGGUCUGGGCUUCAGUAUUGCAGGAGGGGUAGGAAACCAACACAUCGCUGGAGACAACAGCAUUUAUGUUACUAAGAUAAUUGAUGGAGGCGCAGCACAAAAAGAUGGACGGUUGCAAGUUGGAGACAGACUUCUUAUGGUAAAUAAUUACAGUUUAGAAGAAGUAACUCAUGAAGAAGCAGUAGCGAUUUUGAAGAAUACAUCAGAUGUAGUUUAUCUAAAAGUUGGAAAGCCCACCACCAUUUACAUGACUGACCCUUAUGGCCCACCAGAUAUUACUCACUCUUAUUCUCCACCAAUGGAAAAUCAUAUACUUUCUUCUGGCAACAAUGGCACUUUAGAGUACAAGGCAUCUUUGGCCCCUAUCUCACCAGGAAGAUAUUCGCCUAUUCCAAAGCACAUGCUUGUAGAGGACGACUAUACCAGGCCUCCUGAACCCGUUUACAGCACUGUGAACAAACUGUGUGAUAAACCACCUUCUCCUAGGCACUAUUCCCCUGUCGAGUGUGACAAAAGCUUCCUUCUUACAGCUCCCUAUCCCCACUACCACAUAGGCCUGCUCCCUGACUCUGAGAUCACAAGUCAUUCCCAGCACAGCACUGCAACACGUCCACCUACAAUGAGCUUACAAAGAACCAUUUCUCUGGAAGGCGAGCCUCGAAAAGUCAUCCUGCACAAAGGCUCCACGGGACUUGGUUUUAACAUUGUAGGCGGAGAAGAUGGGGAAGGCAUUUUCGUAUCCUUCAUCCUAGCAGGAGGGCCAGCGGAUCUCAGUGGAGAGUUGCAGAGAGGAGAUCAAAUUUUAUCUGUGAAUGGUAUUGAUCUUCGGGGUGCUACCCAUGAGCAGGCUGCAGCUGCACUAAAAGGAGCAGGGCAGAUAGUAACAAUCGUAGCACAAUAUCAGCCGGAAGAGUACGCUCGAUUUGAGGCAAAAAUCCAUGACCUACGUGAGCAGAUGAUGAACCACAGCAUGAGUUCUGGGUCCGGCUCCCUGAGAACCAAUCAGAAGCGGUCACUCUACGUCAGAGCCAUGUUUGACUAUGACAAAAGUAAAGACAGUGGCCUUCCAAGUCAAGGACUCAGUUUCAAAUUCGGAGACAUCCUCCAUGUUAUCAACGCCUCUGAUGAUGAGUGGUGGCAGGCGAGGAGGGUCACUCAGGAAGGGGACAGCGAAGAGAUGGGAGUUAUACCCAGCAAAAGAAGGGUUGAAAGAAAGGAGCGGGCACGUUUGAAGACUGUGAAGUUUAAUGCGAAACCUGGUGUGAUUGAUGCAAAAGGGUCAUUCAAUGACAAGCGUAAAAAGAACUUCAUCUUUUCACGAAAAUUCCCAUUCUACAAGAGCAAGGAGCAGAGUGAGCAGGAGACAAGUGAUCCAGAACAACAUGUUUCCUCUAAUGCCAGCGAUAGCGAAAGUAGCUACAGGGGACAGGAAGACUGCAUCCUAUCUUAUGAACCUGUCACAAGACAGGAAAUUAAUUACACCAGACCUGUUAUUAUUUUGGGUCCUAUAAAAGAUCGGCUCAAUGAUGAUUUGAUAUCUGAAUUCCCUGAUAAGUUUGGGUCAUGUGUGCCACAUACCACAAGACCGAAGCGUGACUAUGAAGUGGAUGGGAGAGAUUAUCAUUUUGUCACUUCGAGGGAACAAAUGGAAAAAGAUAUCCAAGAGCACAAAUUUAUAGAAGCCGGGCAGUACAAUGAUAAUUUAUAUGGGACUAGUGUGCAGUCUGUGAGAUUCGUAGCAGAACGGGGCAAACACUGUAUACUUGAUGUAUCAGGAAAUGCUAUUAAACGGUUACAAGCUGCACAACUGUAUCCUAUUGCUAUCUUCAUUAAACCUAAAUCAUUGGAGCCACUGAUGGAAAUGAAUAAACGUCUUACAGAGGAACAAGCCAAGAAAACUUAUGAGCGAGCACUUAAAUUAGAACAAGAAUUUGGAGAAUAUUUUACAGCUAUUGUCCAAGGAGAAAGCUUAGAAGAUAUAUAUAAUCAAUGCAAACUUGUAAUUGAAGAACAAUCUGGACCUUUCAUCUGGAUUCCUUCAAAGGAAAAGUUAUAAAUUAGCCACUGCACCUCUUAUUAUGACAGAAGUAUAUUUAGAAGAAAACUACACUAUACUAUUUUGAGGCUUUCCUGUUUUUGUUGCAUUUAUGUUCUUGCAGUCAAUGUGAAUUUUUAUGAAUGUACAACACAAAGUGUUUGAAGCCAUGAAGGACAGUGAUGGGUCAAAAGGGUAGGAACAAAAAGACUUUUACCAUACAAAGCAAAUCUGUUGUGUGCGCAAAGCACCAGUUGUAGGUAUAAACUUUUGACAUGGGGACCCUCUGUCAAAGGGAGCUAGCCACCUACUGCACUUACAUGGACAUCAUGAAUAAUGUCAGUGGCUAUGCUCAGUGUGUUGAUCGCUUUAAAGAGAAGUUUCCCAGCUCUUGAACCUCAUGUAGGGCUUGAGCCUGCAAGGGGCUGAACACUUGACCCCGGUUCAUACUCCUGUGGGUAGUUCCAUUGAAGUCAAUGGGACUAAGCGUGUGCUAAAGUGUUUUGGUGGAUCAGGGCCACAUGCUCCUUGCUGGAUUGAGCCCAUAGAACCUGUUCCAACUUCUGUUGAAGUCAAUAGAAAGAUUCCCACUGAAGUUGGAUUGGGUGAUAAGCUUGUCAUUGCACAUCAGUAGUUGGUACUCCUCGACUUUGGUAACUAUGCACAUGUAUUGAUUUCCAAAACCAAGUCAAGCAUUUCUUUUUCCCCUUUGGAAGCACCAUUAUAUCAGGAAAUAACCAUGUAGUUUAUUUCAAUGGAAGCUGGUGUUGGGAAGGGAACAGAAACAUUUCACAUCACACACAUACCCACUCACAGGUAUGAGGAGUCACAGUACCUAAACUGACAAGGAGGGAGACAACUGGGAAAAGCUUUGAAAUUUUUGAUUGUCUAUUUUAUCAUUUAUACUGAUAGAAGGCACUUAAUGAUGGAAUAAUUUAUAAAGAUUAAAAUAUAUUGAUGUAUAGAAACUAAUUUCUAUAGGUGAAAAAUGUUUUGUGAGAUAUUUUGUAAAGAUUAAUUAAUUGAAAGAUUAAAUAUUUGCACCCUGGUCUGGCUGUAAAAUGUAAAGAGGACCUUCAAGUUGCACUACCCCUUUCCGCAACAAAUUAUAUAAUCAUUUUAACAAAUUAUAUAAUUUCUUAAAUUUUAGAUGACACUUUUUUUCAACUUAAUCAUCCUUCCUUUUAGUUAAUCAUGAUAAAUUCCAGUGAAAAGAACUCAAAUUGAUUACCCUGCAGGGUUUUUGUUGUUGUUAUUGUUUUGGAAAUAAUAGGAUGAUGCAUCUUUAAAUUGAAAAAGCUGAUUUUUCCGAAGCAAAAUGUCAGUGACUUGAAUGUAGUGUAUUAUUUUCUCUCUUAAAGGGAGCCAUAAUCUUCAUUGGGAAACAUUUUAUAAUAAUUCCUUAUGAUAUAAGUGAAAUGCCAGAAGCAUUUGGCCACUGACUAACUUGUGUCAUCAUUUCAUUUCACAGUCAACAGGGGGGUUUCACCGUUAAGACUGGGGCAGUUGACAUUUGUGGGGGAUAUGGGGAAAAUCUGUGGAAUUUCUGCUUGGACUACAUGGGUGGAGAGUUCUUGCUUGCUGUUUCACUUGGCCCUUCUUUCCUAUACUAAUACAAAUUUCACUGUACCACAUCUGGAAGAUAGUUACAAAGUAGAUGAACUGCCUUUGCUGCUGCUGCUGGACCAUGUUUUAUAGAAAAUCCACAAAAUGCUGCAUAUUACUCCACAGGAGUCCAACGCUUUUUAGCUCGUGGCUACUUUGAUCCUAAUAUGUAGUGACAUUUUAAGGGCAAGCAUUUCAAUGACCUGAGUUACCAAUAGACUAUUCAAUUACUCUGUCUAUUCAAAACUUUCAGCCUUAUUUCUUUACUCUGUCCUGAUAUGACGGGUACAUGCAGCCACCCUCAAUAAAUAGGCUGAUUAGCUGGGUGUUUAUAAGACAGCCAUCAACAGAGACAGGGUCACUGUAGCAAUCAUUAGGCGUCAUGGUUCACACUGAAUUAAAAUGGAUAUGACACACUCAUGCUUCCUUUAUUGUCAUUUUGUUCUGCCUGGCCAGCACAGAUUCAAAGACAGAAUACCAGGAGAAUUACUAAUCUCCAUAACCAGAAGGGCUAGACAUUAAAAAAAAAAAUCUUAGAUUCUAGAUAACCAUACAGAAAUCCACAGGAAGGCCCUAGAUCCUUGGAAGUCAUGGAAUUUUCCAUGCUAUUACUAUCUCAGGUUGGGCUGGAGCCCACCUGAACUGAUCACCAAGUAUUCUAAAGCAUUCUAAUUUUCAACUCUAUUUUUAAGCAACCACAUCUGCUUCUUUGUUUCUUAGUUCAGCAUGCAACCUUUUAAAAUACUAUCCUACCAGUAAAUGUUCUGUUUUGUCAUGUGCUGUGCUUUACAGUGAACAGUAACACUAUGGCUGAGUACAAUCAAUUUUUCCAUCAGUCUUCGGUUACUGUAGUACAUUAUUUAUUUUUUUCCUGUCUGCUGUUUGUGCUUCCAAUUUAGAGUUGCCAUUGCACUUCUUAUAUUUUUUAAAUAAAACCUAUAUAUUUAAAAAAAUCACCAAGAGCAGCAAUGAGAGGUCUUAUUUCCUGCAGGGUUUAUUCCUUCAUUUGUUCUGUGUCUUGAUGUUUUGCGUUUCAUGUUACAGCUUACUUAGUGCUGCAGCUAAUUUUUUUUAAUGCAGCCAUUCAAAGUUACAUUGGGUGGCAAGGAGAAGCGAGACAUAUGAAAUUAACUCAGUUACAUCUGUUGCAAAAAAAAACCCCAACCCUAGCUUGGCGCCUCAGACCAGAAUGGUGCUAAUACCAGUAAACAUUAGCAGAUCUUUUUCUGGCCAUAUAAAAAACUUGCAGGUGUCUAAGAGACAACAUGUAAAUACAGGACCCUUUAGGAAAAGUGCCAGAUCAUAUCACUGGUGCUAUUUCUUAUGUUCUGGCACAAUGUGUAGCCCACAGGGUCUAAGUUGAACCAAAAAUCUUAUGGCUUAUUGACUAUCCAUGAAUGAUCACAUUGACAUCUUGCUGUUUUUGUACAGGUGUGCAAUAUUUCAACCCAUUUAUUUCUGCCCAUAAGUCAUCUUCCAUGCACUGGCCUCUCUUAGUACUUGAUACUGGGGCUCAUGAACUUACACUAACUACAAGAGCCUCUCUUUCUACCUUAUUUCCUGUUUUUGCCAGCUAAGGAGGCCCUUUGUCUAUACAAGUACUUUGUAACCUCUUAGAUGUUAAAGGCACUCUUGAAAAUAAAAAAUAAAACAAACAGUACUAUAACUGUGUUAGUAGUUAGCAUGGUUUGAUGCACCAGUCCCCUCACUCUGGGAAGCACUGCUGAAUGUGAGCUAAUAAUAAUUAUGAGCCAUC